GAGGAGCAGGAGGAGCAGGACGAGCAACAGCGCGAGAAAGAGGUGGAGGAAGGCGGAAAGGAAAGAUACGGCGCGAUCGGGCGGAGCGCGCGGGCGCGAGCGACAAGGACAGCGCGAGAGGCGAGUCCGCCGCCGCUGCUGCUGCUGCUGCUGCUGCCGCUGCCGCUGCUGCUGAGGCGCGAGCGAGCGAGACAAGGAGAACGAGAGGCGCCCACACUCGUCAUUUAUCCCAAUAUACAGCAUGACCUCCAACAACUCGCAGAAACUCCCCACGACGGACCGAGUGAUCAAAAUUUCCAACAUGUCCGAGGAAGCGAAGGAUGUCCGUAGACCUGACGGAUCAGACGGACAUGAUACGUAUGCUUCUCCGGAGAACGAUUCGUCGCCGAACACGUGUCCGACUGGACGUAGCAAGAGUCAGCGGGAAGGUGAGGAGACGACACCGAUAAUCGCCAAGUUACUACAGAAGUUUAUACAGUGGAGACAGACGGACCGUUCUCCGAUGGAUGAGUCUCCCGUGCCGAAGACGACGCACGACGACACCGCGUCGCUACCCGACGAGUUGAUGAAGCAAACAGAUGAGCUCGACUUGUCCGCUGCGUCAACAUCCACGAAGGCGGACACGACCCUGAUGAACGUGGAAAGCACCCCCGAGAGAAGAGGUCCGCCAGCGCGAAAUUCGCACGCCGAACACACGUGGAUAAACGCGGAGAGGCCGCGGAUUGCUGAACGCGACGAAACCUCGGCGGAGAACGAGCUGACAUCCGAUUACUCGACCAUGGAGUCGACCGUGCCGGACAGCGACGGCUCGUCGUCGAAGGUGACGUCCGACAGUUCGAUCGAUCAGCUUCCGCCACGAGGAACGAAACAAAGCGACCGUUCGAGCAGAGAGGACGCGAUCGUCGAUUUCGCAGCGCCGAAGACAAAGGGGGCUUGUAAUCCCGUGAAUGUGGAAUCGACUCGCUCGGCGACGCCGUCGUGCGAGCCGAGCGCCAUUGGGGACAGCGAAGUGUUCGACGCGGACACGUUCGACCGGCUGUACAACCGAAACGUCGAGUUCGCGCAGCAAUACGUAAAGCAAAUGAUGAGCAAGGAUCAGGAAAGCGGUUGCUUUCGGAGCCAGUGGUCGAGAAACUUCAUGAACCUGUCGACGCUGUGCCGAUCGCCUCAACGAUCGUCUCGACGAUCGCCCUCGCGAUCGCCCUCGCGAUCGCCUUCGCGAUCGCCUUCUCCGUCGCCUUCGCGAUCGCCUUCACCGUUGCCUUCACGGUCGCGUUCACCAACACCUUCGCGAUCGAAAAAUUCCAAGGAGAGGACUCGAGGCUACGCCGGUAUCAGGGCUAGUUCGCCACUGCGAGAAGACACGGCAACGUCAACGGCGGACGUUCUGAAAGAGGACAGUCCGAUUCCUAAGCUGCGCUUCGCCAGGAGAAAGAGGCAGGUCCAGAUACCUGAAAGAGCCAAUCAAGAUGUCCCGUUUCCACCGUCGCACAAAAUGACAGUGGCAGAGGUCUUCGACGAACGAACGGGGUCUCCGCGGCCGGAGGUCCUGAAGCAGCACUUUAUCCUCGAAGGCAGGAUCGACGAGGCCGCGGCCCUUCGUAUAAUCAACGAUGGAGCCGCCCUCCUACGAUCGGAGAAGACUAUGAUAGACAUCGAGGCUCCGGUCACCGUAUGCGGCGACAUUCACGGACAGUUCUACGACCUGAUGAAAUUAUUCGAGGUGGGCGGUCCACCCUCCUCGACCAAGUAUCUCUUCCUCGGCGAUUAUGUUGACAGGGGUUAUUUCAGUAUCGAGUGCGUAUUGUACCUGUGGGCGCUGAAACUGUGCCAUCCCACCACACUCUUCCUCCUCAGAGGUAACCACGAGUGCCGUCAUCUCACGGAAUACUUCACGUUUAAGCAGGAAUGUAAAAUAAAAUACUCGGAGAGAGUGUACGACGCGUGCAUGGAUGCCUUCGACUGUUUGCCGCUCGCAGCCCUUAUGAACCAACAGUUCCUCUGCGUGCACGGCGGCCUGUCGCCGGAAAUUCACAAUUUAGAAGACAUUCGCAAACUGGACAGGUUCAAAGAGCCGCCGGCGUUCGGGCCGAUGUGCGAUCUCCUCUGGUCGGAUCCUCUCGAGGACUUCGGCAACGAGAAGAACGCGGAGCACUUCUCCCACAAUAGCGUCAGGGGUUGUUCAUACUUUUACAGUUACGCGGCGUGUUGCGACUUUCUGCAAAACAACAAUUUGCUCAGCAUCAUAAGGGCGCACGAGGCUCAGGACGCCGGAUAUCGCAUGUACCGAAAGUCCCAGACGACGGGCUUCCCGUCCCUUAUCACCAUCUUCAGCGCGCCCAACUAUCUCGACGUGUACAACAACAAGGCGGCGGUUUUAAAGUACGAGAACAACGUGAUGAACAUCAGGCAGUUCAAUUGCUCGCCACACCCGUACUGGUUGCCCAAUUUCAUGGACGUUUUCACAUGGUCCCUACCGUUUGUCGGCGAGAAAGUCACAGAAAUGCUGGUGAACGUGCUGAACAUUUGCUCGGACGACGAGCUGAUGAGCGACGGCGAUGACGCGCUCGAGGAAGUCGCAGCCAAAGUCGUUGUCCAAAAAAAGAAUGGUGCAGCAGCCAAUCUACGUAAGGAAGUGAUCAGAAACAAGAUCAGAGCCAUUGGCAAAAUGGCACGGGUGUUCUCCGUCCUGAGAGAGGAGAGCGAGAGCGUGCUGCAGUUGAAGGGCUUGACGCCGACUGGAGCUUUGCCGCUCGGUGCAUUAUCUGGUGGCAAAACCUCUCUGAAAAACGCUCUCCAGGGCUUCUCGCCGAAUCACAAAAUCACCUCGUUCGCCGAGGCCAAGGGCUUGGACGCCAUAAACGAAAGGAUGCCACCGAGGAAAGACGCACCGCCCACGCCGGUGAACGAGGAGAAAGCCGUGACAAAGCCGCCGCCUCCUGCGGGAGACAAGCGGGACCACAACAUGCCGCAACCGCAGUCGUGAGCCCCACACUCGUCCAAUCAAGAUGGCGGAUGGAUGGACGGGUCUUAAGAUCCCGGCGCAGUCGCCGCCACCACCGAACAUUUGCAAAACCAUUUGCUCGUCUCUCCCCCCCGGCUGUUACAACCAGUGCGCUGUUCAUCGAGGAGUCAGGAGAUGCCAUCGCCGUCGCAAGAGGAAGACAGAGGAACGGAGCAGACGGCCGCGAAGCGAAAGCGAUUUUUCGUCGAUGCGACUUUCAACGAGCAUCGCCAUCGGUCCCGGUGCGCGCAUAGCGGACGAAAGCACCAGUCGAGGAAAGGAGGGCUGCGUGUGAACAUCGAGAAGCGUCCAGCCGGGCGUUUCGUCGCGGGCCUCCUCUUCUCCGAGGAUUUGCCUCCGUAUCUCUUUUUUCGCGUACGCUGCGCUCGCGAAUGGAGAACGAGAACGUUUAGCCUCCCUUCUGCGAUGAGCCGCGCGCGCGCGCGCGACGUUCCCAAUCUCUCGCCCCGUUUACGCAAUUAUUCCUUGCUAUUUUUCUCUCUCCCUCUCCCUCUCUGUCUCUCUCUCUCUCUCUCUCUCUCUCUCUCUCUCUCUCU